AUGUCUGAGCCGAACGAUCACGCUAGCGCUAUGUCCACCGGUCAACAGUCAGCGGAGGAUCCACCGGACGACUCCACCAGACCUAACGAUGCCGCUUCGGUCAACGUUCGCUCUUGCCCAGAAGGAAAUGUUGACUCUCAACAUGUUCAGGAAGCGCAGUUGAAUCAAGUGGUAAAUCAUCGCCGAACUCGGGGUGAAGCAGAGGUCGCUUCGCUUGGUCCGGCCAUAGAAGAUCUUGUUCCCCGCGCCUCUCGCUUGAGAAGAUCUCGCCCUGCAGACGACGCCAACGAGCAGAUCAAGGCAUCCAGCCCCAAAAAGGCUCGUCAUACCUCGCAGGUGCCUUCGCGCACGGCGCCCCCGCGGCGCUCAUCGCGGAAGCUCAUGGAUCAACAUCGACCUGCUUUGUCCACGUCUUCGGUUAAGGAGAGCACCCAAUCGCGAACUUUGGAGACGCCCGGCGGUGAUGCGAUGAUACCUGAUGAAGAUGAUCCUCCCCCAAAGACCGUCACCGAGUUGGACUUGGAUUUGGAGGAACAAUUGUAUGGCCAGAAUUAUGAGGACAUCUACCAUGCAUACUUGAACGAGAGCCCACGCGAAGGCGCUGAACAAGCACGAGCGGGUGCUCGCGACAUGUACGAGAAGGGCGACAGUAACGAGCAGAGCCCACGCGGCGCGGGCGAGGAUCAGGGGGGUGAGGACGAGGGAAGCGGCGGCAACGGCGACGGCAGCAACAACAGCGACGACGAAGACGGCGAACAUAAUAGUACCACAGUUAAGACCGUGGGUGAGGUCGGCGCUAGGUCCACGGGCUCGGGCGACGCCGCGGAGGGGGACGAGAGAGAAGUCCCUGACGACGACGACGACGACGAAGGGGAGGAGGACGAGGAGGACGAGGACGAGGACGAGGAGGAGGAGGAGGAGGAGGAGGAGGAGGAGGAGGAGGAGGAGGAGGAGGAGGACAAGCACAACGGGAACAAGCACGAGGACGAAGAGGGCCCCACCAUUGUGCCCAAGAGACAUGUCUCGGUCCGCGGUCGCCCGAUCGACUUCAGCAGCUUGUCUCACAUUCUUGACGACGAAGAACCGUCCGGCGAUGAGUUUGUGCCCGCCGAAGAACAGCAACGUGCCUCAGGAUCCUCUCGAGAUGCGAUGAUGACUAUCGAGGAGGAGGACGACAUGGACGAUCGGGUUCUCGAGAAAGAAGCCGUCGAAUCUGACGAGGAGGCGCGGAACUCGACCAAGCGAAAGAAGCGCGACCACUCUCAAGUUCAGAAGAAGAAGAAAGUUAUUUGUCGUAAUUUGGUGGCCAAGGACGGUCGCGGGUCUGUCACGGAACCGAACCCGAGGGGUGCGGCCUCGACGACCGCCGUAGGAUCUGCAUAUGAAGAUCUCUGGGAGCCCUCCAGCCACGACCGUGCAAAAUACGAGGCGCGUCGCCAACGCGCUAAACAGCGCAGAUCCGGCACCCAGGACAUUAGCAGUGAUGAGGCGCCUCCACAGUCGCAAGUCAAGGGCAAGUCCCGCAAUGGUGAGGUUAACGACACUUCUACGCGCUCCAAAGGGGGCAAAAAGAGAAACUCGAAGGCAACCAAACGUAACAAGGCCCGCCGAGUUGAUGACGAGGAAGAUGUUGCAGAAUCAGAUGCUAGCGUCAACGAGGGCGACGAUGGAGAGACGCCAGCAGCUGGCGGCAGUGAGAGGAUGAAAGUGCAAGCAGCAGCGGGGAAGUCGAAGCCUGGUCGGAUUAGCAAGGAGCACCAGGCUAUGAUUGAUGCAGAAAUUGCUCGCCACGACGCAUUUAUAUCCGAAAUGGCUGAACUCACGGGCAAGCCCAUCCCCAUAAUCACGGACUUGAUCGACGUUCCAAAAACCGUGCGCCAUCGUAACCUGAAUCUGUGGGCUGUCUUCGAGACCUAUUUCUCCGCGGAACAUAGCAAACCCGGUGAGACAGAAGAAGAAUUCAUGUACCGAAUGCGAGAUGCCUACCAUGCCAUCGCAAAGGAUAUUCCCCUUAAAGAUAGGGAUAAGCGGCACGAGGCGUUCAAGCAUGUCAUCGACUGGUAUAUCGAACGCGGUCAGAUGCUCGCGGAGAAGGUCCUCAGAAAAGGACAACUGGAGAAGGAGCUUCGUCGUGCAGCUGCCGAGUUUACGUCGCUGGGUCGCCACUUCCUGCGAACAAAAGGUUUCCACAUCAUCGGAUACGCGAUCGAUAUCCGACCCGGGGGCACGGGGAUUAUGUUCGGCAACUCUCCGGCGGUCGCCCAAGUGCAGAAAGAACACUCGACCGAUCAUAUUGAGAACAUCGCUACGUACCAGGGGCUGUUGCGAUCCGCUCAGGCAAAACUCAAGGGAAUCACGAUUCCGAUGGCCCCUGGCGCUACGCCUUCCUCGCAACCAGCACGUCCCUUCGUCGUCCCUGUUCGAAACAAAGGGGAAGGACUUCGCGAUUACCGCAAUCGGAUCCUGACGUGUCUUUUCCAGCACAAGUUCGAAGCGGUCGGUGUCGUGGACGACAAAGUACGAUGGUCCACCAUAGUGGAGGUUCUAUACUUCAACAAGCUUCGUAUCGUCGACAUGCACCCGGACGCCGUACUCAGCCGUUGCAAGGCCGGCACACUCGACUUUGACCUCAAGGCUAGCGGCCAUGGCAAGGUCGUUGCAGAGAUGGUCGCGCCGUGGAGUCAGAACGACCCGGACGGCAUCAAGUUCGAGAUCGUACCUUGGAAUGACGACGAGAUGAAAUUACCGGUGAAGGAUCUUGGCCACGUGCCCCUCAUCCUGGCAUGGGUGCAGAAUGAGGAGUUCGUCGUUGCGGAUGGUAAAACCAUCAUCAUGCACGGCCCCUUCAAGCAGAAGGUGAUGUGGCGCGUCGCAUCGAGUGAGCAGUGGCGUAAGGAUUUAAUGUCUGCGGAAACGUCGGCCGGCGGAUCGGGUGGAAGUACCAGCCAAGUGCGGCAACCCGAAACUGGCAAGGAUCGCAAGGGCGGUGCCACCAGGGGUACAAGCAUCGUGCCGAAACGCUCGAUUGCCGCUGCUCAGCAGUCAUCGGCGUCCCAGCGUACGACAGUCGAACCAGAGGCGCCCGCGGCUCGAGAUAACGAGGACAUUUUUGGGAUGCCGUCUGGCUUCUGGUCGUCGCAUGAUGGCAUCGAGGCAUUACCUCAGCCCUCCCACCGCCCCCCUCGAGCAUCAGAGCAUGCGUCGUCUCAAGCUAACAUUGGAGCAAACAAACAGCGGCCACCUUCUGCUGAUGUGUCGAGCCAGCUCCGCCGACUCGUUAACUCUGCGGGGCCAGGCUUCGAGGAGGAACGUCGCCUCGCCUCAACAGUUGUCAACCCACAUCGUCGGGAUGCAAACACUCAUUUUCGAUUAUUCGAUUCGUCUACCCCCGCAUCGCAUCACCAUGUAUAUCAUCAGCCAACGUUAGCUCCGACCUUCGAUUCUUAUCCUCAGGAUCCGCAUCUCGAUGCGACGUUACUUCGACAAAGGUCGACCCAGGAGACUGCCCGUCCUAAUAGUGAUGCUUAUGUUCGAGAUUCAUUGAUCCCUCCUCCCAUUCCGUUUAGUUCCCGCCCCGCCCCAAGUUACCGCGAAGUCUCGAAUGCUGCGGCAUACUCAAUCGGAGACGAAUUGCACGCUCAUAACCCCUUCUAUGGCGCCCAACGCGGCGCGGCCGUGGACGGGUACGGAGGUGAUCAAGACAUCAACAUGACCGCUCCGUCGCAUGGUGUGGACGUGUCCGGUUCGACCCGUGGGUCCGACAUGAUGGGCCGUCACGGAAUUCACCACCGAGACGUGAUGGAAGAUAAUCCGGAACGCCCGCUUGCAACGCAGGACGCAGAUCGCGAGGCGCUGGUUGCGGUGUUGCAACCCCCGUCCCGACCCCCGUCAAGCUUCACUUCUCGGCCUGUUUUGGGAGCAGCGGUCAAACCAAGGCCACGACCAGUUGCCCGCGUGCCCGAUAAUGAGCGUCAGGAUUACUACGAUGCGAUGGAGGAAUACUACCGGAACAAUGCUCGAUACGUGAGGUAG